UAUUAUUUUUGAGUGACAUAUGUACGUACAUCUCAAAGUUUGUAAUCGGUAAUAAGACGUGUCGAUGCUGAUUAUAUUUAAUUCUAUAUAGCCCGUUAAAUAAUGCUUAUGUACUUUUUAUUUAGUAUGCCUUCAAACGUCUACCAGGUAACGCAUCCUGUAUUUUUAUUAAAUUUUUAUUAUGAUCAAAGUACUGGAGUUCGAGAUUUGAUUCGCGAAAAUUACGAAAAGCAGAAGGAGUAAAAACAUAUCUUUUUCAAAUUGGGAUACCACCGUGUAAUAUACAUCCGCCCUUUCUUCAACAAUCCAUAAAUAUUAUGUACAAGAGAACUAUUGAUUAAAACAAAGCAAAAUCAUACAGAUUAAUUCCUAGGCUAAAAUCAAAUAUAAAAUUUUUUUAGAAACUAAAAUGACUACAAACCAAACAGAUUUGCAUCUGAAUAAAAUUACAGGAAGUCAAUAUUCGGUGAGCCGAAAUUUGGAUACAGGAAAUGUAGAAGAGAUCAAGGUUUAUAAAAGACGCUGGGUCGUUUUAUUCCUGUUUGUGUUUUACUCAGGAGCAAACGCCGCCCAAUGGAUCCAAUACAGUAUUAUCAACAAUAUUAUUGUUAAAUUUUAUGGCAUUAAUGAUAAAUGGGUUGAUUGGACUUCAAUGAUAUACAUGAUAGUUUAUAUCCCCUUAAUUUUCCCGGGAAGUUGGUUUCUUGACAAAAUGGGACUGCGCAUAACGGCGCUGGUGGGCAUUGUUGGAACAUGUGUCGGCUCAUGGAUUAAAGUGUUUUCUGUACAACCGGAUCUCUUUUAUGUUACAUUUAUUGGUCAGACUAUUGUCGCUUUAGCCCAGGUGUGCAUAUUGUCUUUGCCAGCGCGUAUUGCCGCCGUUUGGUUUGGGCCUCAUCAAGUCUCAUCGGCUUGUAGUGUGGGAGUAUUUGGUAAUCAACUUGGUAUUGCUGUUGGUUUUGUGCUACCUCCAAUUUUAGUAGGGAAUUCGGAUGAUAAAGAAGUAAUCGGGAGUGAUUUAUUGUUUAUGUUUUACUGUUUCGCUGGCUUUACAACCGUUUUAAUGGUGUUGAUGAUAUUUUUUUUUAAGGAUAAGCCGCCGACGCCACCAAAUCCAAAGCGAUCUAUAAUUCCUGCAAUUGGCACAGAUUCUGAAGCAUCAUUUAUGCAGUCAUUGAAGAGUUUAGCUCUUAAUCGUAAUUAUAUAUUGCUCCUAAUUUCUUACGGUAUGAAUGUCGGCGUUUUCUAUGCGAUAUCAACAUUGCUAAAUCCAGUUGUGCUCAAAUAUUAUCCGGGACAUGAAAUUGAUACCGGUCGCAUUGGUUUGUGUAUUGUCCUUGCAGGCAUGAUCGGGUCUGUUGUAAGCGGUGUUGUUCUGGACCAAAUGCGCAAAUUUAAAGAAACUACAUUGGCUGUCUAUGCCUUCUCAAUGGUUGGCAUGUGGAUAUUUACAUUUACUUUAGAUACGGGUCAUAUUGCUGUAGUCUAUGGGACGGCUGGACUUUUGGGCUUUUUUAUGACCGGUUAUUUACCUGUUGGCUUUGAAUUCGCCGCAGAACUUACAUAUCCUGAACCAGAAGGCACGUCGUCGGGUUUGCUUAAUGCAGCUGCCCAAGUAUUUGGUAUUGGAUUCACAUCACUAUAUUCAGAAUUAUUCUAUACCUACGGAGAUAUACCAGCCGAUAUUAUUAUGUCUAUUAUGUUAGUGUUGGGCACAUUAAUUACAGGGUUUAUAAAACCGGAUUUGAGAAGACAAAACGCAAAUCAGGAGAUUGUGGCGCAUGAACUCACAGUUUCUACAGGAUCCGUUCAAGUGCCGGCCUCAGGCGUUGCCAUCAUCUCAUCUGAGAAGCUGAAGAACAUUAAUACGUAGAAAUUAUAUGAUGUGUUCGUCUUUUAAAAAGAUAACAUUUAUUGUGAAAUAUAAUUGAAAUAUUGUGUCAUUUCCAUAUGCAGGAGGUGUGUGUACUGGAAUAUAGCCAUGUAAAAUGUACAUAUUAAUACAUAUGUAAGUGUUAAAUUAGUUUUACAUAUGAAAAACUGCAUACAGUUUUACAUACAAAAAAAUUAAAUAUUGGUUGAUAAACUA